AUGCAGGUGUGUUUGACAGACUGCGUAGUCUGCUCAGGGGGGGAGUCGCGCUCGACCGUGCUGCAACGCACGUCGCUCGCCCUGUGUCAGCUCUACCAGGCAGCCCCGACAGCGAGCUCGCAGGACUGCCGCAGCUGUGGUCAGGCCGAGGCGCGUCGCGACGCCGUCUGCUCGCCGCACCAAGCCUACCUGCAACUGCGCCACGCGCUCGACCGUCGGCGAUGCGCCGGGCGCGCCUACGUCCGCAUCAAGCGCCUGACGCUUCGCCGGCGGCUCGUCGUCCGCGGCGCGCUCCUGCGACCAGUCGUGCUCCUCCCCUGCCGCCCCCGGCGCUACCUCGGGGCUGGGCGCGGGCAGGGCGAAGAUCUCUGGGAGGCCGACGAGAGCCCCGAGCCAGAUCUCCACGGAGGUCCCGUUGUCGAACGUCCAGCCGCCGAACUCGGGCUGCGCUUUGUAGCAGUACACCCUGUUCUUCUUCGGCCCGUCCUGCGCGACAUUCGCAACAAAAGCAGAGUCUCUGGCUCUCCUGUUCCUCUGUGCCACGAACGCAACCACUUCCUUCGAUCAGCCCGCUCGAGGUCGUCAUGA